AUGCGUAAAUCUGACCGAUGCUCACAUGAACUUGCGGGCGGCACCACAUCCGAAGGGCUUCAUCAUGGGGCGGGGAGAUUGAAGUGGCGUUCCGCAAAGUUUUGGUUUAUCGGCGCUAUGCCGGACUGGGAGUGCGACAUGUCGCACUCCCAGUCCGGCAUAGCGCGUAUAGCGGCAGCACAACAACACACGUUCCCAUGCUACUCAACCUACCGUAUCAACGCAUUAAUGAUGGGUAUAGGACACAGGUUGUUUGAUUUCAAAGGAGAUGAUGCUCAGUAUACUGAUUACCUUGAGCAACAUCUUGUUACACUUCUGCGCUAUUUUUUUGGCUUUCCGUAUCAACUACGCCAAUCGGUCAUUCCGCCUCAUCAGCCUACCUCUUUGCCUCACCAAUGUAUCUCUUUGCCUCCUCCACAUCAUCAACCUACCUCUUUGCCUUACCAGCUUCGCUCUCCACCUCAUCAGCCCAACUCUUUACCUCACCAACCUCCUCCGCCUCAUCAGCCUACCUCUCUGCCUUACCAACCUCCUCCACCUCAUCAGCCUACCUCUUUGCCUUACCAACCUCACUCUCCGUCCCACCAACCUCAGCUCCAAUCACCGUCAAACGCAACGUGGUUUCAAUAUACCCCUCCCACCAAGCAACCCAAACGAGAUCACGAAGACCAACGCGGACGUAAAACUCGGCGUGAGACUGAACUCGACAUUUUUAUCAAAGAAAUUGCCAAUUGGCAAGCCAAAUGGGAGCGCCUUGGGUUUGACUCUUUUGCACCGAAUCUCGUGAUAGCUACCCUCGUCAAUGGUUGCAGAGAAGCCUCAUUAACCUUCCUCGUUACUCGUCAUGAUGGCGACACUCGCCCAACAGUCUCAACAGCCUCAACAGGCGGUCCCCCGGACGACGAAAAAGAGUUGACACUCAGACGCUUGGAAGGUUACGUUGAUGCCACGAGUUGGGUUGGAGAGAAUGGAGAGCUGCAUACGCAAUUCGGUCGUUGCACGGAUCUUAUACUUGCGACGGUCGGCCGCGUGUUGGAAUUUUACAACUUUCCAAAGGACAGAAUUGACUCCGUCAUGACAAAAAGGUUCGGUAAACACAAAUCUGAUUAUUUUUAUCGCCUUCGCCUUGGUGCUGGUUGGGCAGUCCGGAACGCGACGGAUUUGAUGGAAACAGGAGGCUGGGACAACGACAUUUGGGAAGCUUUGCUCAUAAGGCCUUGGACUAGUUUUCUGUGCAAGAUCACACCAAAAUCUAUUCAAAUUCCUGUACAGGAAAUUGAAGAGACGGCGUCGAGAGAACAUGAGGGACCACACGCUGAAGACAGCGACGUUGACGCACCCACACCAAAUCAGCAGCAGAACGGAAUAGCUCCUCCUAAUUCACCACCGCGCGGGAAUUGCUCCGGUGUUACUGAAUCAGCAGCUCCCGCCGGCGGGAGCCCUAUUAUGCACCGCAAUGGCAACACGAGGAAUGAAGACGAUCAGCCUUCAAGAUCUCAGCCCUACGCCACUCCACUGAAUCGGGAAAUAGGGGACAUGUCGCAUGGAGAUGUACCCCAGCAGGGUAAGGCCCACGUCCCCAAUGCAAUGCCCCAAUUUGAAAUUGAAUCAUGUCAAAAAGGGCACAAGGAGAAUCCGAGGCUAGCAGGGCAGAUCACACUCCACAACCAAUCCUUGCGGAGACAGCAGCCGGCGAAUUCCAAUUCAACGCAACAAACACUGCAAAUGCUUCCCAACGACCUAGGAAGCGCAAUUAUAGGACAAGAUGGGCUAAAUGCGGAUGUACAUGGCCCUCAAUCGAGCUCCGCAUAUGGAGCGGAUGGUAUGCGGCAGUGCGCCCAAGCGGAUGUUGGUGGUCAAAUAUGCCUAACGGGCCAAGCAGUAGGAGACACUAUACCUUUUGCAUUUCAGCAGACUGGGGGUCAGAUUUCCGCUGAUGUGCCCUAUACCCAAACCGCACAUGAACAAGGACAGCUGGCGAGUUUCGGUCCACCGCAACAAACAUUACCUGUCAGACAAGACAAUCUACCAAUGGACCUCUUUGAUUCACAUGGUUGUCUACCAAUGGACCUCUUUAAUUCACACGGUUGUCUACCAAUGGACCUCUUUGAUUCACACGGUUGUCAACCAAUGGACCUCUUUGAUUCACACGGCUGUCAACCAAUGGACUACUCUGACUCACGCGGUUGUCUACCAAUGGACUACGUUGAUUCACACGGUUGUCAACCAAUGGACUACUCUGAUUCACGCGGCUCUCUACCCAUGGACUACUCUGAUUCACGCGGCUGUCUAUAAAUGGACUAGUCUGAUUCACACGGGUUCCCGUCAGUAGACAACGCCUUUAGCCCACGUGGUUGAACGACUCGGUCUUCACAAAGUCCUACCAGAGGACCGCUUUAAUCUUGCAAUUUCCAACCUACUUAGCGGGCCAGUGUGUGUGUACAAAGACAACGCCGCCGCUAACAAACGCAUACUUGUUGGGUGCACGGUAGACUACCGU